UAACGACCUUCCGCGCGGACGGUGGGCAGGCGACGGCGGCGUGUGGAUGGAGGCCUUGGCCCUCGGCCCGGCGCGGCGGGGCAGGCGGCGGACCCGGGCCGCCGGCUCCCUGCUCUCUCGGGCCGCCAUCCUCCUCUUUAUCUCCGCCUUCCUCGUGCGGGUGCCCUCAUCAGUUGGACACUUGGUUCGAUUACCAAGAGGUUUUCGUUUGACCAAAGAUUCAGUGAAAAUAGUGGGAUCGACAAGUUUUCCAGUGAAAGUGUAUGUCAUGCUCCAUCAAAAGAGUCCACAUGUGUUGUGUGUAACGCAACGACUGCGAAAUGCUGAACUGAUAGACCCAUCAUUCCAAUGGCAUGGGCCUAAAGGAAAAAUUGUUUCAGUAGAAAACCGCACUGCACAAAUAACAUCCACAGGAAGCCUUGUGUUCCAAAAUUUUGAGGAGAGUAUGAGUGGAAUUUAUACAUGUUUCCUCGAAUAUAAACCUACUGUGGAAGAAAUUGUUAAACGUCUUCAACUAAAAUAUGCUAUAUAUGCUUAUCGUGAGCCUCAUUAUUAUUAUCAGUUCACAGCUCGAUAUCAUGCAGCUCCCUGCAAUAGUAUUUAUAAUAUUUCUUUUGAGAAGAAACUUAUUCAGAUUUUAAGCAAACUGCUUCUUGACCUUUCAUGUGAAAUUUCCUUACUUAAGUCUGAAUGCCAUCAUGUUAAAAUGCAAAGAGCUGGUUUGCAAAAUGAAUUGUUCUUUACAUUUUCAGUUUCAUCUCUAGACACUGAAAAAGGACCCAAGCCAUGUACAGACCAUAAUUGUGAACCUUCCAAAAGACUAUUUAAGGCUAAAAAUCUCAUAGAGAGAUUCUUUAAUCAACAAGUAAAAAUUCUUGGCAGACGUGCAGAACAAUUACCUGUAAUAUACUAUAUUGAAGGUACUCUCCAAAUGGUUUGGAUUAAUCGCUGCUUUCCAGGGUAUGGAAUGAAUGUCCAGAAACAUCCAAAAUGUCCUGAGUGCUGUGUGAUCUGCAGCCCUGGAUCAUAUAACCCCCGUGAUGGAAUUCAUUGCCUUCAGUGCAAUAGCAGCCUGGUGUAUGGAGCAAAAACGUGCUUAUAAGCCAUUAUCUUCAGUUAUUCAGUAGUUUAUUAAAUGCAAAGUAUAUAUUUGAAAUAUUAACAUAUAAUAAAUCAUUAUUAUGCCAAAAUUAAUCACAUUUUACAAAAAAUGGUGUCAUCAUUUUAAUCAAAUACUGUAUGUCCAAGUGUUUUAUGAGGGCGAAAAUCUCCUAGUCUUUAUCCAUUAAUGCCAAACCUACAUAUGAUUCUAAAAUAUUUCUUGUGCCGCUGCAUUUUAAAAAUAGUUUCAAAUAUAGUGUAUCAAGUUAGCCCAAAAGAUUUUUCAAGAUUUUUCAGAAUAUUCUGUUUUAUUUUUACUAUAUGUUCACUAGAUCCAGGCCACCAUAUUCUUCUAUAAUAACUUUAAUUUCAGCUUGUUUCAUUCUUUUGAUUUAAAUUUAUGGGAUUUUAUUCAUUCUAGUUUCACCUUUCACAGUUUAAAGCCAUAUUUAAAGCCUUGGGUCUUAUUGCAAUUUUUAGCCUCUUUAAUAUAAGGCCUAGUUCCAACCACACUGUGGAUUUUUAAUAUAGCUCAGUGUGACUAUCUUAAACUUUUCAGUUUUAAGUCUCUUAAAUUACCUUUUCGGCAUUUUAGAAUGGAGUAAUUAUUCUAUGUGCCUAAAUUAAUAACUGAACUUUCUUAGUGGAAAGAGAGAAAGAGAGAAAGCGAUUUCUUUCCCUGACAAUCCCUCUAGGAAAAAUAAUCAACAGUCAUCACAACCUUUAUUUUAUUUCUUCCACUAAGAAAAUGAAUAUUAUGUAACAGAUAUCACUUGUACCAUCACUAAUACUUAUCCUGUCUCACAUUGGGAUGCUAUAUUUGAAUAUGAAAUGUUAUCAAAAAUUAAAAGAUUUAAAUUCUGGGAAAAUACAUGAGUGAUUUAGAAAAUGAAUAGUUUCUCAAUUUUUCUAAUUAUUGUUUUAUUUAUAUUUGUAUCAGCUUUCUCUCUCUGGAUGCACUGUUUUGCUCUUCAUAUUUGCUCUCUUAAGACAUAAACGUUUGUAAAUGGCAAACAUACCCCAUGUUGGCUCUGGGCACAAAUGUGAAAUACAUUGACAGGAGGACAGUUCACCUAUACUUAGGAUGUGUUUGACUUUUAAAAAAUGAACUAGUUAGUUAAUAAAUUAGCCUCUCACUUUUCCAUCCUGUGUACAAAUAGAACUCCAGAAUUCUAACACAGACACAAAGGGAAGAUAAAUGACAUAUGGCUGUACUUUGUUAUUAGCCCUGGUAAUGUUUUCUAAAAAAAUUCCUUGGGCUUUCAUCAUCAUGAUGUAAUUGUUUCUAUACAGUUUAGGGACGUUUUUCAAGUGCCUUCUUUCCUCUAGUAAGUGACAUACUCGCAUUACACUGUUCGGGUGAGUUACUGUUCUUCCCAAAAUUACUAACACAUGUAUUUUGCAAAUAAUAGAAGACCUAUCACGUCUCCACUUCUAAAAGCAGUGUAAUCUACUAAAGUUUCCAAAUUUCUUAACUGUAUAAUAAAUAAUGGA